GACGUCGCUACCAACGAAUUCUGAUCUGUAAUUCUUAUACUUAACCUAAAGGCUACUGAGGAAGUUAUUCGUUACAAUUCGUUACAUACUUCUUGAGACAUACCCCGAAAGGACGAUUAAAUUAAUGAAGAAAAAAAAAUUGGUUGCAUACGACAAAACAGAACUUAUAAGCCUGUAAAUAUGGUGAACGAGGAGCCUCCUGUUGAACCAAUCAAGAAGCCUCAACCCACUUUCAAAGAUCCAACAUUUCAUCAAAAAUUUCGCCCAAUUAGUAGUUCUGGAAAAAAAAGAAUCUGGAGAUCCCUGAAGCAGGUACUUGCUCAGGAGCGAUCGCUGCCUUGGCCCCUGGGGGUUGUUCAUUAUAGUUCGAUCAAUGCACCUCCAAGUUUCAAGCCUGCGAAGAAGUAUUCGGAUAUUUCUGGACUUCCAGCAAGGUACACAGAUCCACAGACCAAGUUACACUUUGCCACAGCCGAAGAGUAUGCAACUGUUCGAAGCCUGCCUAUGGAUAUUACUGCUGGAUACUUAGCAUUACGAGGAGCAUCUAGUAUCGUAGGUUGAAUCACUGAUCACGAUCAUUGAUGAUCGAUCAGGAACUUUGUUGCGUUAUUGCCGAUGAUCUUUAUUACUAGAACAAUGAUAGGAGUAAAACUGAUCUAAGAUGUAAACACCGAAAAGGUAUGAGAAGACUUGUAAUUUAUCUUUUAUGAGUAUAAUACUUGGAGCUAUUAGAAAGUUACGUAUGGUCUCUCUACAAUUCUUUUCAAAUGCUAGUCGAAUCUGUGUUUGCAAAUGGGUUUACUACGAGGUAUCGAGUUAUUUGUCACAAAACUUUGUACAUCGAUUUCGAGCAGUACGGGAUUUGUAACUUGAUGUAUCUGUUGCUUGUUUCGCUUCAGUAUAUGGUGUUGUCCACAAUUACAACACAAAAUCGUUGUUGGUCCUAACCCACUAUCAUGUACGGAAGCGGGAUAAAUGUACUAUUAUGCGGAACAUGAAUAAUCCAGAACAAAUGUUCUACUUGGGUUGAAGCCUUGGAAUUUUCAAAAUAAAACAGGAUUCCACCAUA